AUGUUCGCCAAUCCUCUAUCGUGCGCACACGUAGUUGCGAGAGUUGCCAAGGUGUUGGUUAAACAUUAUGCCCUGCUGAGAGAAAUGAGUCAGCCGCCAGUCGGAAAGAGGCUUCAGUAUACAUUAAUUUCCGAAUAUUUAUCUGGUAUUCGUCUAUCAUUACAGACAGUUUAUAGAGACGUCUUCCAGAAAGAUAAAAUCGCAUCAAAUUUGUGGGACAAUAGUAGCACGGUCGCGUUAAAGAUAAAGCAGCUUAAAAAAGACACAGACAGGAUGAUAUUACGCCUUAGUGCAACUCAGGAAUACAACAUUGCGAGGAGUCCAAACGAGAGCACUUGUCUCGUUCUUGUUGAGAUUUCCCUGAAAUGGCAAGACGACUUUUCACACUUUAAGCAACUCAUAGUUGACGUUUUAAAUAAUGUUAUAAAAAGACUAGAAAGCAUCAAAAUAAGAUCCUUGUAUGUUGCAGUUAAAUUGCAAACUUUCUGGAAAAUGCUCAAUGAUGAACCUUCCUACUAUCAGUUAGUUCACGAGCUGUUCGAACUGCUACUAUAUUUUAAUGAACAAAGACUGGAAAAUAGGGAAGGUGCCAGACUCAAAGUAGAGUAUUUAAUAGAGAAUAUCCCAUUCGACGGUGCGGAAAAUAUUUUACAGCGUUUGUUAAAAAUUCAAGGAACGUUGAUUAAAAGCCUUGAUCCGCUUCAGGAUAAGCACUGCAUGUCUAAAUUGGUUGGAGCAAUUGAUUCGUGCAAAGUGUAUACUGUUAACACAGGCAGUUUAUUAGCCAACACCGAGAACGAAAAGAAAGCCGAGAGAAUAGACCAAUCGAACCGUUAUCAACGCGCUCCGCAAACACGUGAAUUGUCUCAAGAAUCUCUGUCGCUGGAUGAGCAACUCAUUGAAGUCGUUGACAACAUCGAUGAGUUGCUAAAUGACCAAAGCGGUAUUUUUUUACAGCCAAAUGACAUGGAAUGUUUGAGUUACAUUAAACGCGAAUGUGAGAAUGAAUUAUUGAGAGCGCGAUUGAGAGCCAAAUACCUUACUGACCAAUCAAUAUUGCUUAUUACCGCAAUAACCAACAGAGAGGGAAUGGGCUUUUGA